CCCUGCAGGCUCCAGCUCAACUUGUGCCUUCCAGCCGUGAUCAGCCCAGCCCGCAGGAGAGCAGCAAAUGGCCACAGCACCUCCAUCUCAGGAGCCCGUGAGCUUUGCGGAGGUGGCCGUGUAUUUCAGCAGGGAGGAGUGGGCGCUGCUGGACCCUGCGCAGCGAGCGCUCUACCGGGACGUGAUGCUGGAGACGUACCAGUGCGUGGCCUCGCUGGCUCCGCUUCUAGCCCCCAGACCUGUGCUGAUCUCCCUGCUUGAAGGAGGGGAAGACCCUUGGAUCCCCGAUGUGUGUAGCGCUGAGGCCGUUCCAGGAGACCUCAGCCCAGGUAUUAGGAUUGCAGAUAUAUUGGAGGAUCUGCAGGACAGUGGUGUGGUCAAGUGGCAGUGGAGUGGCAUCUCUGUGGAAGAAAUCAGAAGAGAUGUCCAAGGAGGCCUGGAGCAAGUGGUGGCCAACUGGAAUGAACUGGUGGCCAACUGGGGGCAGCUGGUAGCCAACUGUGGGCCAACUGGAGGCAACUGGGGGCCAAUGGGGGCUACUGGUGGCCAAGUGGGGUGGGCGCUGCUGGACCCUGCGCAGCGUGCGCUCUACCGGGACGUGAUGCUGGAGACGUACCGGUGCGUGGCCUCGCUGGAUGAGGGCUUUGCUGCCUUUCCUCCUCCUUAG